CCCCGGGCAGAAUUCUGUUACCAUUCGUCCUCUCUCUUCUCUUCUCUUUUUUGAAGGAAAUAAAGAGGAGAGAGAGAGAGCAGGAACCUGUUCUUGAAAAUUUGGUGAGAUGGGUUGGUGGGGUUUUGGGUUUUGGUUGUUGGGGUUGUUGGCUUUGGGUGGGGUUGAUGGAUUCCCAGCUGAAGAUUUGGUGGUGAGGUUGCCAGGGCAGCCAAAGGUGGAUUUCAGGCAGUUUGCUGGUUAUGUGAAUGUGGAUGAGAAGACUGGGAAGAGUCUGUUUUACUACUUUGCUGAAGCAGAUGGGCAUGCUGAGAAGAAGCCGUUGACUCUCUGGUUGAAUGGAGGCCCAGGCUGUUCUUCUGUUGGUGGCGGUGCCUUUACAGAAUUGGGUCCAUUUUUUCCUAGGGGUGAUGGUCGAGGCCUUCAGAGAAAUAAAAAGUCAUGGAAUAAAGCAUCAAAUCUCCUUUUUGUUGAGUCUCCUGCUGGAGUAGGAUGGUCUUACUCAAAUAAAACCUCAGACUAUACUCCUGGAGAUGCCUCCACUGCAAAUGACAUGCAUAUUUUCUUGUUGAGAUGGUAUGAGAAAUUUCCCGAGUUCAAAUCAAGAGACUUGUUUCUAACUGGAGAAAGCUAUGCAGGGCAUUACAUACCACAACUGGCUAUUGUUCUGCUUAAUCACAAUAAGCAUUCAACUGGUUUCAAGUUCAAUAUCAAAGGAGUAGCGAUUGGAAACCCACUUCUCAAGCUUGAUAGGGACAUCCCUGCAUCUUACGAGUUCUUUUGGUCGCACGGGAUGAUAUCUGAUGAAAUUGGUCUCACCAUCAUGAAUCAAUGUGAUUUUGAUGAUUAUGUCUUUGACAGCCCCCACAAUGUGUCCUCUGAAUGCAACAAAGCAAUUUCCGAUGCAAAUCAUGUUGUUGGCGAUUACAUAAACAACUAUGACGUGAUCCUUGAUGUCUGCUAUCCAUCUAUUGUGGAGCAAGAGCUACGUUUGCGGAAAUAUGCUACCAAGAAGAGCGUGGGUGUUGAUGUAUGCAUGACUUUUGAAAGGCGUUUUUAUUUCAACCUUCCCGAAGUUCAGCGUGCUCUUCAUGCUAAUAGGACUAAUUUACCAUAUAGCUGGAGUAUGUGCAGCGAUUUCCUGAAUUACAACGUUACAGAUGGUAACAUCAAUAUUCUCCCAUUGCUUAAAAGGAUAAUUCAAAAUGGCAUUCCUGUUUGGAUUUUCAGUGGUGACCAGGAUUCUGUCGUUCCCUUGAUGGGAUCUCGAACGCUUGUCCGUGAACUAGCCCAUGACUUAAAGUUCAGAAUAACCGUCCCUUAUGGUGCUUGGUUCUACCAAGGCCAGGUGGGUGGCUGGGCAACUGAGUAUGGAAAUCUACUGACGUUUGCUACGGUGAGAGGUGCUGCUCAUAUGGUGCCUUACGCUCAGCCAGGAAGAGCAUUAAUCCUAUUCAAGUCAUUUGUAUCUGGUAAAAGAUUGCCAAACACAACUCAUCCUUCCAUAGAUUGAAGAAAAAGAAAAGAAAAGAAAAAAAUUUCUUAAUCCAUUCUAGAUGUCACAGUUUAACAUUGUUUUUAGAGUUUGAGCAUUUCUAUUGCUCUUUGAAUAAAAAAAAAAUUACAAGUUUCUUGUUCCAUCA